UUGUAGCGUUCCUUCCACAUUCAUUGCCAGUGACUACCAGGCUCGCUACACUUUCGCUUCUACUCCAACAACUUUUUACCGGACCGGAUCCUUACCGUAAUCAACAUGAAGUCUUUCUUCGCUAUCGCUGCCGGUUUCCUGGCCGCCAGUGUCUCUGCACUCGAGAUUGGUUCCGAUGGCUUCAUCCACAAGUACACUCUCCCUGCAAACCACUCCACCGAGCUUAAGGAGUACAUCAUCACUUGGUGGCGCAACGACUCGGACGCCAGACGGAUCGACAGCUAUGUGGAUGCCUUGCAGCUCAACAAAGUGGACAGUGUUAUAGCUGAAUCCUCAGAGGGUGUUAACCCUCAGUGGGUCUUUAUGAGGAUGUGCGCCGAGCACGCCAAGAUCUUCGCCGAUAUGGCAGAAAUCAACGUCGUCGAAGAGAAGGCCGAGGUCAAGUCCUUUGCGGAACAACAACAACAAGGCGCCCCCUGGGGUCUGCAGCGAGUCUCUAGCGCAGCCGGCGCGAGGGGAUCACCAAACGACCAGGAUUUUGUUUACUCUUUCGACGAUUCAGCCCUCGGUGCCGGAGUCGAUAUCUACGUCAUAGACACUGGUGUGCGCACUUCCCACGCUGUGUUCACUGGACGCGCUUCUGAAGGUUUCACCGCUACUGGUUCUUUCGUUGACGGUGAUGGUCACGGCACCCACGUUGCUGGUACUGCCGGUGGCGCUAAGUUCGGUGUUGCUCAAGGCGCCAACAUCAUCGAAGUCAAGGUUCUUGGAGACGAUGGCUCUGGUGCGUCUUCUGACACCAUCAGGGGCAUGGACUGGGUCAUUGCCAACCACAACAAGCGCAAGGCAGAGCCAGGCUUCGUCGGUUCCAUCAUGAGCAUGUCUUGGGGUCUCCAGGGUACCGCUAACUCAGUCGAUGAGAUUAUCCAAGGUGCUUCAGACGCUGGCAUUCACGUUUCAGUUGCCGCUGGUAACGACGGUAUUGACGCUUGCGGCAGCACUCCUGCUCACCUUGGUGGCAAGAACUCCAACGUCGUCACUGUCGGCGCUGUCAACAUCGACAACAAGAUCUCUUCCUUCUCCAACAUCGGUCAGUGCGUAGACAUCUACGCUCCCGGUGAGCAAAUUCUUAGCUCUUGGGCCACUGGCGAUGCUGUUAUCAACUUCCUCUCCGGUACUUCCAUGGCUUGCCCUCAUGUCACUGGUGUAAUGGCCACCCUUAUGACCCAGGAUGUUGCUGGACUUGGUCAGAACCCUGCCGCCCUCAAGGCCAAGCUUCUCCAGACUGCUCGCCAGGGUGACAUCACAGGUAACACUGGCGGGAGUGCGAACUUGCUCCUCAGCAACGGUGUUGAUGGCAACGUUGCCAGGCGUCUUACCAAGAACUAUGUCGUACCUGACCAUAGUGGUCUGAACGGUAGCCCAGCUGCCCGUGCCGCCGCUGCCGUCAUCGCGAAGGACAUCACUCUUGACAAGCGCUUCCAGCUUCACUCACGCGAGGCCAAGCUUCGAUUCUAGAGCAAGCAAGAGAGAAUUACAUGAGAGCAUAGCGAUUGCAUGAUACCCCUCAUUGUUGGUACCUCUUCGGAAAAGUUACCGCGGCAUUUCUGUCUCAUCUUUGGGCUCCUCAAGCUGCCCCAUAAUAAUCCAAUGUACCUGCUUCAGCACGGACUGGUCUCUUUUUUUGUCAUCAAGUGGGGAGUGUGUGUCGGAUCUUAAUUUCGCUGUCAAUACUUU